CUUUGUUUUCGUUUGUUCCUUGUUUUUGAAUCCUUUCGCCGUUAAUUUGUUUUUUGCUCUGUGAUUCUGGUCACGCAGCGAUUCGCUCAGACAAAAAACAAUUCAAAAAAAAAAAAAACUCAACAAAACUCCCAAAAUACUCGAGGAAAACGCUGUGUCGGACCAGAAAAUGCCCACACGGACUGUGAGCCUGCCUUCCAUCGAGUCGAACGAAGUGACGGCGCUACCCGACGCUGCUGAAAAGACCGGCGAGCCGAACCGCAGCCAUGAAGGUGACGCGGAGCGGGGAACGGCGUUCAUUUUGGCGCCCGGUUCUCCGUUGCUGCAAUCGCGCGACCCCGUCCACCGAUACGGUGCCACCGACGCUUGGGACACCACAGCCACCACCACCCAUCAGCCAGACUCUGUUGCAGGGCGGCGGGGAAGAAGUCAGAGCGCACCUGCAAUCGAAUCUCUCACAUCCAACAAAUCGAUGUGUUUUCCGUUGCCAGCCACGAUCGGCGCCGAGAACAACGCUCCAUUCGCCUCGACGCCGUCCGAGCACCCGCGGCUCGGACCGGGUAGCUCUGCGUCUGGUAUGAUGAUCAGAUCAGACAAAUCGUCGCCCGCUUCAUCGAUCGUUCGGUUUGCCAGCGAGCCCGACAUUGUUCCGGUUGUGCCAAAACAAGCGAAACACGCGCAUGAAGCACAAUCGCCGACCUCCGAGGCGCCGACCUCGAUGCCCACGGUUGCCAAUGAUGGACAUCCGGCUCUCUCUGGAGGCGUCUUUUCAACAGCUCGUGCUCGGCCGUCGACUCGAGACAGCGGGAUUUUAUUGAGCGCGGAGGAGAUGCGCGAAAGUCCGAUGAGCUCGCCAAGUUCCACGCCAAGCCGAUGGAGCGGGCUGAGCUUUGACUCGUCGGAUGCCAUUAAUGCUGCUAGCGGGUUUCUACGCCGCACAGCCAAAUCGCGCGCCGGCCGAUGGAUUCAGCAGUCGGGCUAUCGCUUUUCCAAUCUCAUCUUGCUUGUCGCUGCACACAUGCCGAACGCUCCUGCCACUGUCGCCUGGCUGCUGGCUGUGACCACGCUGGUGCCUAGCGCUGUCAGCAUUGUGGUCUACGGCGUCAUUCCGCUCGGAGAUUUGGACGACGAAAAUCGUUUCGAGCAGCUGGCAGUCUGGGUGUUUGUGAUCAACCCGCUCACAUGGACGUUCUGGGCGUAUCUCAACAUGGUUGUCUUCACUGGUUGCAUCAAAGAGUGUCGUGGCCUUGGCAAGAUGCAGCUGUAUCUUCCCGUCAUUGCCUUGACCUACAUUGUCGAAGUGGCCGUCAUGGCAGUGAUUAUUUGGUUGAUUGGAGAGUUUAGCUUUAUAGGACUUAUUCCGAUUGGCAUCUCGUUCAUGACCACAUGUUGCGCGCUCUGGUACUUUCAACGAUCAACAUGGUCGCACCUUCGAAGCAAACAGCCCUUGUCGUUUCCAGAAACGCCAUCGCCUGACUCUCUCCCUGGUAGCAAUCUGGUUGAAGGGCCAAGGCCUCGCGAAGCCCAAGGGCCAACUCCUCGCGCAGAUCAAGGGCCGGCCUCUGGCAUGAGCGACAAAGAGGAGCGUUGGGCACGCGCGCACUUGCUUAAGAGCAGUACACUUUCGCAAUCUUGGCUCGACGAUGUGGAAAUUGAGUUUGCGACUUCCGAGAGCAUGGCACAUGCAAAGCUAAACCCCAGCCGAGAUGUCGAGACUGGCGACCACACGUCAUCCCCACCGACGCAGGGAGGCAAUCCACCGACUCAGGAAGACGAAAACUUGUCAUCCGUGGAUCCCCGCGCAUCUUUCGCUUCCACUGAGGCGAACGCAAAUCUCGACGACGACCUUCCUGUGGACAUGGAGCUUGCUCGAGAGUCACUCCAUCAGGCUGCCGUGGCUCGACGCGCGGCGGUGUAUCAGUACAUGAAAGUCAUGCUUGCAGUGGUUCUUUUCAUCGGCUGCCUGACCGUCCUUGUGCUUUUCAUCAACAUUGGAGACUAUGUGGCUCAGCGAGUUCUCGUUGUCAUGAUUGGCAUUGUGGCCUUCAUCUUCAAGAAGAUUCUGCUUGCUCUCACGGAUCCCUUCCCACUCGAGAGCGCCAUGCUGAUCUCGGGCCUGUGGGUUGAGCACUUGCCCGAUGUGUUUAUCACGAUGGCAUACCCGUACGUCAGUGAACCCGCCGGAACAUAUGCAGUCUUCUUUUUGGUUUCGUUCUUCAAAAAUGUGGCGUAUCUGCUGUUUCUGACUCCCUACUGGUUCCGUUUUCGCAUCUGGGUGAAGGACUUUCUCAAGAAUGUCCUAUGUUGCAAAGGAUGUCACUCUACUCCUGGGAACCGCGCAAUUGAAACGGAGGAUCCGAACGAUCGAGGCCACUCGAACAAUCGAACUGGCUAUCUGCGUCGGCAAACACGAUUCUUUUUGUGGAAGGUGCUCAGUCAAAUGAGUGGCAUUAUUUUCUACUUGAGCAUCUCUCCCGUCUUGCGUUUUGGCGUCAACGCGCAGUCCUACCCGUUUGCCGAGAACUCGACUCACCCGGUUCGCGGCAUGGACACUGAUACCGAGCAUCAAGGCAUUACUCCGCGGCAGUAUGCUUAUAGUGUCAUCUUUGCAGCCUGCAAUUUUGUCUUUUUGGUCUUUGCCUUGCUCUUUGGGAAGGUCAUCAUCAAGCGCAAGCUUCCGCAGCAUUACAAGGUGAUUACUCGAGCGUUUGUGGACAACUUUAUGAACCCUCGCUACUACAGCGAGGUGCUGGCCAUUAUUUUUGGAAAUUGCCUAGUCAUUGUUGCCAUUUUGUCGUUGCCGAUGCGAAUUUGGUUUGCCUGAACGUUGCACAGUGUUUUUGGAGAUUUUUUUUUUGUCUUGUUGAGAAGAUACUCGGAAUAAAUGUUUGAGGUGACAGUGA